CUUGAGCUAUCUUUUAUUGGUCGCGGCGGUUACCCUUUUUUUGGGGGACAGUCCUCUGAAUGUGGUUUGGCGUUCUUCAGACAGGACACGUCACCACCAAGGCAAUGAUAUCAUUGGCUGUGGUCGUGUUUUUGGGAGCGGGGGUCCUCCUUUUCGACCGGAGAGACGCGUGGCGUUACUAUGGCCAAAAAGCCCUACCGGUAGAAGGGCUGGUCGAAGAGCGCCGAGUUGCAGGGAUGGCCUCGCGCCACUACAACCAGUACUCACGAAAUGUGCAAACACGAAAUGUGCAAAAUAAGAAUUAAUCUUAAUCUUCCGCUGGAACAUGGGAAGAUACACCACCAUAUUUUUUGUCUGUUGUGCAUGUGGAGAGUAGUGGAGCGAAAAGCCCACAGUUUCCAUGAGAUGAGAGCACUGCCUGCGACAAACACACAUUUUCUGCGAGGGGCACUCCCUGCAACACCCAUUUUCUGCGAGGGGCAUUUCCGAAGAUAGGCAGUAUUAGCCAUCGACGUCCUUUUUCUCCCUGCUCGCACAGACGAGCGAGGACAUGCCCUUGUGUGGGGGUUAUGCGGUCAGAUGCAUCCGAAUGCGGCCGUAAAUACGGUCAAAUACAUCCACGAAAUGCCCAGUAUGAGUAUGCCCGUAGUUGAUCAAAGGACCGAUGGAUAGAUGGAUGUAUCGGUGAAAUCAAGGACACAGCCACACACAGACGGAGAUAGAUAGAUACAGACACACACACACACACACACAGAGAGAGAGAGAGAGAGAGAGGAGAGAGAGAGAGAGAGAGAUGUACGCCGAAGCGAGAUCGAUGCCGAGGUGGUGGAGGGGCUUGGCGGCAGAGUCUGCAGGCUCGCCACUGAGGUCCAAUUUCUAAGAGAGACGAUCCGGAGUAAGGUUCCCCGCACCUGGCUGUCUGUGGUGAUCGAUGCUUGUGAUCUGCGGUCCACUCUCGGCGGCGAGUCCAGGCAAGAGGAGACUCUACCCCCCAGAGUCGAAGUGCGGCGGAGAGAAACCGAACCAUCUUCUUCUCGAGAGCGGUGGCUAUGGCGCUGGAUGCUAUGGCUAUGGCGGCGGCUAGCCGGGCAAGCACCAUGGCGGCUUGGGGGAUCCGUCAUUGUAAUCUGUGCCAGAUGACAGCCCAUGCUGUCUCGAUUCAUCAAUCGAUGGGAGCGACGAAUGGAAGAAGCGGUUUUAUGGAUGUUCCUUCUCCUUUUCCAGUCCUUGCUUCUCUAGCUUCCUCCUCCUCCUCCUCGUCCUCCUCCUCCUUUUUUUCUUCCUCCUUCUCCUCUAGUUCUUCUUCCCCCAGUUCCGCUCAUGCUCGGCCUGUUUCUGCUUCGGCUUGUCUGCCUCGCGUUUCAACCGUCGGAUCUUCUUGGCAUCGAUCUCGAUCUGUCGUCGAUGGGUAUGGCCCGAGAUUAUCGGCGGGGUGCCGGGGUGAAGGUGGUAUCUUCUCCUGCAGAAGCGUGGUAGAUCGUCUCGGAAAGGACAUGUUUCAUCGGACGGCUAUGGAGGCGAAGACGAUGUCGAACAUGACGAUGGCGAUGGAGAUGGAGAUGGGAUCUUCGACUGCACGUCAUCGAGCGGAACGUCCGGCGGGAAGUGCUCUGCACCAAGCCCGCUGCCGGUCGAUGACUCCCACGUGGUCUCCGAACGGCUAUGCAGUCGUGCACGUGGUGAAUGGACGAUCAGAAAUCUCGCCAAACGGAGACGGAGCACUGCAGUGGAAAUUUGCGUCGGAUAACAAACACGAUUACCCAGUGCGUAAAUGGGGGAUCAUCGGCAGGAGAGAAGAUCUAUAUGCAUGUGCGACUGCUGCCAAUAUAGGGGUGCUGGAAUCACAAGGCUUCACUAUGUCAGGGGCUCAAACAGAAGCAGGAUCCAUGGCGCUCCCAUCAAAAUUUGGCUCGGUUACAGACUUUAAGCCGGCGAUUAAAGAAUUGGAUGUAAAGACGGCAGAGGCUAUGGGCAGCGAGGGGUCUAUGGACUCUGGAGCGAUUCUCGGCAGCGUGGAGAGCUCCUUGGGGGGACCUUUGGGAACAGGACCACAGGCCCCUCCACCAUCCCCUCUGAUCAUUGUCAUCAGUGGCCCAAGUGGCGUCGGCAAAGAUUCUGUCAUCAAGAGGCUGCAGGAAACGAGGGGGGAAUUGCAAUUUAUUGUGACUGCGACGACAAGACCGAUGCGGCCAGGCGAGGUUGAUGGUGUGGACUACUUCUUUGUGCGAAAGUCCGAUUUCCAGCGCAUGAUCGAUGGCGAUGAACUCCUUGAGCAUGCCAUUGUGUACGGCGAUUACAAAGGGAUUCCAAAGGAGCAGGUGCAGUCAUGUAUACGCCAAGGGAAGGAUGUAGUGCUCCGUGUUGAUGUUCAGGGUGCGGCGACGAUCCGCUCGAUCGUUGGCGAUGGGGCAGUGUUCAUUUUCCUCGUUGCCGAGAGUGAGGCUGCGCUGGUAACCCGGCUCAUUCGAAGAAAGACAGAAACGGUCCCAAAAAUGCUAGUGAGAGUGAAAAAAGCGAGAGAGGAAGCGAUAAGGAUGAGCGAGUUUGAUUAUGUUGUUGUCAAUGCGGAGGGCCAGCUGCAGAAGGCUGUCGAUCAGAUCUGUGCAAUCAUCGAUGCCGAGAAGGCACGGGUUCAUCCGAGGACUGUGAAAUUAUGACUGCCCGGCUUGCUGGAGCCAGACGUUAACAGCCCCCGUCCAGGUCGUUGGCAAAGGCACAUCAGUCACAAACGCGAUCUGGGUGCGGCGUAUGUAUACAUAGGAGGUGCAACAACACAAAAAAGCUCUCUAUCAGGUCAGGUUAGCAGCGUCUGAUGAGAUCGGAGAUGGUUGCUUGAUGGCUGGGUGUUACGGUUUUCUGGUAUCAGCAAAGAGAAGAAGGUGAGAGAAGUUGGUACAUCCACGAACGCUUGAAUUACAGACCAGAGUUCGAAUCCAGACGACCGCCUGAGCAUAACAAAAUAAUUCUGAAUUUCCUGGGACCGGUCAGCUCAAUGAUGAUAUCUCAAGGCGGCUUCACCCUUUUGAAAACAAAGGAAGACGGCGAGAGAAGCAUCUUUUGUACUUUGGACAGCCAUAUCAAUUGAUGCAAGUGAUGCGCUGCUGCAUCUUGGCAGGAGAGAGCGGUCAAUCCUUCAGGAAUUUAUUGCAAACAAACUGCCCUCAAUUGCAUGAGACCUCACGGAGCAUGAGUUUUCUUUCCUUCUUUGCUCGAUUAUGUAAUCAAUCGCUUAUCGUACUUUGCAUUCUACCCACUGUAAGAGCUUGAACUUCACAAGACCGACUGUAUGAUGAUUCUGUUGAGGGUGUACUGUGUAUGAGACUUACCUGAGUCAUGAAGAUUUGGAGAUGUCAUCAGAAUGUUAGGUUUCCUCACUGCAGAGUGCAGCAGCGCAGAAGAUGCGGCUUUGAACGAGGAGGGAUCUGGUGCGGCAUGCCUGCGGCGGCAAAAUUAAGGGAGGCUCCCAUGUGCUCUCCUUGCAUGAACAUUACGGGAGGUUCCCACAAGGGAUACGGUGCAGCAUGCCUGUUUUCUUCACAGCCUGGAUGUGCUUUACUGCAACUUGAAUGUGGUGAUGUACAUCUUCUUCUGAUUGGUAGGUACAGGACAAGGUAAGGGGAGCCUAUGUAUGGUCAAGAUCUCAUUGGAGAUUGCAUGACAUUAAAACCACCAGUCCCUCUGAGCCUCUUUUUUCCGACCCGGGUUUUAAAGGAUUGUUUGGUUGCCAAUUUAGGGAUGGGCACAGGGGAAAAGUGGGGUGGGGGUGGGCGGCGAACAGGAGGGACCUUAAAAGGAUUGUAAGCACAGCAGUAUUGAUGUGGCGACAGCGGCGAGCAGUGCUCAAACUCUGAAACUUGCCAUGCCAAUCUCAGAGGUGGGUACUUGAAAGGACCAGUGCGUCCGUGCCGUGCCUCUUUUGUGCGAGGCGGAUUCCCGCUGCGCGCCAAGCUUUGCCGAAGCGCCAGUGCGGCGUUUUUGUUUUAGUUUAUGCUGGCGUUGCCAGCCAUUUGGGUCUGGUUGCCCGGAGCCUCCAAACUUUUAGGAGAGGCUCCGUCGUGAUUCUCAAGUUGGCUGGGGCGAUGUACUGGUGGUUUAAGCCACCGUCAAUGGUGUUGGAUGUGCCCGAUCGAUUUGUUCGGUCUGAGCAGUGUGCCAAACCACCUAUCUGGCAUUCCAGACAAGUAAGAAAUGACCCCAUACAUAGCCCUAUACUGCAUUGGCGAUGAGGAGGUUCCUCCCUUUUUUUUUGUUUUUUUUUCUGGUGUGACGGGACUCGACUCUUCACAUUGUUGUAUUCUUCACGAUUCGGGAUCUUAAUUUGUUGACCAAUACUUAAACAAACAAACAAACAAACAAACAAACAGAGU